AUGCGCUCCUUCACCAUGUCUUCGAGUGUCUCCUCUUCUCCCUCUCCUCGCUGUCCCGCCUCUCCUGGCGCCUCGCCCCAGGGCGCACAGCCCGCGCCUUUCCAUGUCUCUGCUUCGCCCCCGUCGGGGUGGCCUCACACCGGCGCGACUCCGUCUCCAACUCCGCAGAGUCCGGCGUCUCUCUCCCGCCCGCUCUACUUGCCGCCUCCGUACCUCGGUCACAACGCGACAGAGAACCCGCAUGCCCCUACCGUACCUCCCGCGCAGUCGCCCCACAAUGGAGACACCACGGACGCGAGAGAGGCCGACGACGUCCAGGGCUGUCUCUGCUGCCUGCGCUCCUUCUCGCCCACUCUCUUCAUCGCUGCGGUCUUGGGCACCUGGACCUUUGCUGGCGGCGUGGCCGGAGAAAUCGUGCUUGCCUUCGCGACUCUCCCUGCAAUGUUCAUGGUAUACGGACUGUAUGCAUCCGCGAAGGCCCGGAGUCUUUCUGGACUGUGUCUGCUGGAGUUCUUCUGGCUAGGGGCCUUCCUCUCGGUGUGCAUCGCCAUGUGUUUGGAGCUCGUGGCCAACGCGACUCUGUACAGUACCUUUCUCUCUUGCCUCCCUCCGCUCCCCUCGUCCUCUUCUUCUCUGAUUCCUGGCUUUGCUUCCGGCGACUUCUUGAACGCGCUCGCUUCCGCGCCUGCCGGCGUCCCUCGUUAUUCCGCUGACUCGCCGUCUCUCCUCGAGCCUGAGGACUCCUCUGCGCAUGCGCCUGCUUCUCCUCUCUCUUCUGCCUUUUCCGCCUCUCCGCCCCCGCUGUCUCUCCUUGAGAUGCUGCUCUCGUGGACACCCGCGCCACUGCUCGCCCCUCUGUCUCUCCCCUUUUCCUUUCCUUUGUCUGCAUCCACACAGCCGCACGCGUGCCUCCAAACCCCGCAAACUGCGCUGCUCACUGGCACCUCAGCAGACUCGGUGUCUUCCUCUCCCUUCUCUGCUCCUCUCUCUGCGUUCUCCGUUUCGCCAGACUCCACGAGCUGGGGGUGGCCAGGGCUUUUCUCUCGACUGACGGAGAGAGUGCAUGAGAUCGGCAGCUUGCCCACGCUAGGCUGUUCCCUCAGCCUUGUUGCAUUCAUGAUCUUGUGUGUGGGCCUCGUGGAGGAGUUCGCGAAACUCGUCGUUCUGCAUCGGCUGCAAGUGCAUACCCCAGCGGCUCUGGCCGCGACAGGCGCAGAAGCGGCGUCGGAGCAGCGAGGCGCGAACUGCUGCACGCCCUGCUGGACGCGACGCGCCGCGCACCCCGUGGGCGUCUGCCUCGCCGGGUGUGCAGCUGGAGCCGGAUUCGCCAUGGCGGAGAACAUCAGCUACACGUUAGGGCGCCGAGGGUUUUUCGCGGAGCACCUGAUCGUCGCCCUCGUCCGGGCCUUCACCGCAGUGCCGACCCACAUCGCAAACUCAGGCAUGGCGGCGGCGAACUUGGCGCUGGCCUGGUACUCGGAGUGUUCAUUUCCGGCUGUCUCUCUCUCCUCUUCCCUCGCGUCGCAUCAGCAGCCUCUCAUUUCGACUUCGUCUCCGUUCUCUCCGCGUGUCCGCUUUUGGGCGCAGCUUCUGCCCUCGCUGCUGACUCCGUCGCUGCUUCACGGGACCUACGACGCGGCGUUGCGACUCUCUGCUGCGUACGCGCAGCCCAGCGCGGCGGGAGACGACAACGCCGCAGUUGUCGCGUCUGUUUUCCUUCUCGUCUCCCUCCUCGCUUGGCUUCUCACGCUGCUCCUCUUCUGGAAGAAGUGGAGAAGCGUGCGCGACUUGCCGACCUUCGGCGCGGCUUCUCGCGGCCUCUCGUCCGAUCUCAGUCGCGUCUACCCCGCGGGGCCGGCCUGGUCUGCGGACCCUCGCGUGCACUGGAGCGUCGCCCAGAUGCCGGUGCCGCUGUCCACGUAUGCGCCCCAGAACUCCCCUUUCUUCCACGGGCAUGCAGGAGCGGUUCCUUUCUACUCCCCCUUCGCGGUCGCCCCAGCGUUCCCCUUUGGUAGCCCCGCGGCGAGUGGAGCGGAGGCAGGCGUCCGGGCUGACGUCCUGGUGUGGGAAGAGCGGAGACGCCAGGCCAACAUGGGCGGUCUGGGGGCUCCCAGACCGCGUGCGUUGUCUCCGGCUCCGCUUCCAGAGUCGGGGCAUGCAGCGACAAGCGCCGCGCGGCCCAUGGCAGGCGGAGAGAGAGGCGAGGGACGCGAGGAGACAGAUCGAUCGCAGUAG